GAAACAAUUUGCGCAAUAUGUAUUUUGUAAACAAACGUGUUUGACAUUUAAAAACUUCUUCUAAAAAAUUGCCUUUAAAGCCAGAAAGGAAAACAAAGAAUUGUCAUUACAUGAAUUUGCAAGAAUGCCUCUGGUAAAAUAUUCCAUCAAAAUAUUGUGUUACAUGCGAAAUUUUAGCAGUUUAUUUCUACUUGACUGCUAUUAAUGAAUGUGACGUAAAAUGGGGCCAUAUGACAUGAUCAUUCAUAACCAUAAUAUUUCCAUUUUUUUAUCCGAUAUAGUUGAAAACUUCUUCAGGUAAAUUUAUUGGCCUCAGCUGCAUUCGCUAAUAGCGAUGUUUCGAAAUUUGUGCAAAAAUUCGUUCCGAAAUAUGCGUCGAAAAACAGUGCAAGUUUUGUUGACAAGGCAAAACAGCACGGUCACGGAGAUUACAACUCCAAAGUCCAAAAAAUUUUACGGAUAUUUGACAACAAUUGCGUUAGGUUGUUGUUCAUGCUAUAUUGUGUAUAAUAACAAAAUAUGGACACGUGAAGGAAGGCGUAUCUUUCUCGUUAAAUUGGGAGGAAUAAAGAGAUUCUUGAGAACAUUUAAAAUUGGUUUGACAUUAUCUCUUGAUUAUUGGUGGACAUUAAGGGGCUUAGAAAAGAAUAGUAAAACCUAUAAUGAUUUGAUUCGACAAUGUCACUUGAGGUCAGCACAGGCUAUGGUAUCUGGAUCAUUAUUAAAUGGAGGAUUAUAUAUCAAGUUAUGUCAAGGUCUUGCAGCAAUGAAUCAUAUAUUGCCUGAGGAAUACACCAAGACAUUGAUUGUUUUGCAAGAUCAGGCAUUGACAAGAAAAGCUGGAGAGGUAGAUGAAUUGUUUGUAGAGGAUUUUGGGAAGCCUCCCUGGGAAAUUUUCAGUUCAUUUCAUUAUGAACCCAUAGCUGCAGCAAGUUUGGCGCAAGUUCACAGAGCUGUUACAUAUGAUGGAGAAGAGGUUGCUGUUAAGGUGCAGUAUAUUGAUUUACGAGAUCGUUAUAGAGGUGACAUGUGGACUAUAAUGUGGCUGUUAAAAUUAAUUGGUGUUAUGCAUCCGUCUUUUGAGUUCUCCUGGGCUAUUCAGGAGUUGAAAGAGAAAUUGGUGGAAGAGCUAGACUUUGAACUUGAAGGUGAAAAUGGAGAGAGAUGUUAUCGCGAAUUGAAGCAUCUUAAUUUUGUUGCAGUUCCAAGAAUAAACUGGGAUUUGACAAGCAAGAGAGUUUUAACAGCAGAGUAUAUCAAUGGAUGUCGUGUUGAUGACGUUGAGAAAAUUAAGAAGAUGGGAUUGGAUGUAGAUGAUGUUGCUUGGAAACUUGUGAGGACAUUUGGAGAACAAAUAUUUGGUUCUGGAUUUAUUCAUGGUGACCCACACUCAUCUAACAUAUUUGUCCGUCCAGGAUCUGACGGUAAAGCUGAAUUAGUUAUUCUUGAUCAUGGGCUGUAUCAACCUUUGGAAACCAGGGACAGACUUAAUUUGUGUAAUCUUUGGAAGUACAUUGUAUUGAAUGACCAGGAGGCAAUUAAACAUUAUGCAAAAAAGCUGGGUGUUGAAGAUUAUAAAGUGUUGUGUGAAAUACUUCUUCAACGUCCAUUCAGAUGGGAUUCCUUGGGUUCACUUUUCUCAGUGCGUAUGAACAGUGAAGAAGUUCAGUACAUGACUGAGCAGGCACGGGAUGAAUUUGAUAGAAUCAUGACCGUUCUAAAACAAAUGCCAUCGUCACUUUGUAUUGUUAUCAGGAAUCUUAAUACGAUCAGAGCAAUCAAUCAAAACUUGGGAAAUCCUGUUGACCGCUUUGUCAUAAUGGCGCAUUCGGCCGUGUCAGGUGCGAGGUCUUUGCAAAGAAGACGAACUUGGUACACAAAUUGCAGAGCAACUAUGGCGUCCUGUUAUCUUGAAUUACGAAUAAGAUACAUGAGUUUCAGGGAAUGGUUUUUGACCAAAUGUCUAAGUCUUCUACAAUACAUGAAUCUUGUUCCUGAUGAGCUCCUGGAGUUACAAAAGAAAUACAGCGAUGCUUUGUAACACGAGGGUAUGUGAAGGAGAUUGAUGAGAUUAUCAGUUUUCACAAAUGACUUAUGGUUGUGAUUUGAUGAUCAGAGAGUUGUUAUAACCCGUGGAAGGUCUUCUUUCCACUCUCGUCAUGUCGGACAAAGUCGUGGGUUUGUAAUGAGAAGCGUGAACCUGGUCUGAGUGGUCUCAGCACCGCAGCUAACUCACAACAUGGUGGUUGGCAAUUGGAACAUCGACACGGGAAGAAUCUUUUUCGUUCAGUUACGGCAUUCCUAGGCCGUCGAACUGCCCCAUCAUAGAAAAUACUGCCAACGAGGAAACGACAAGUGUUUGGUCAAUUAUUGCGAUUUUUGAACGAAAUACAACAAGACUCAACCCAAUCACUAUUUUUAAAUAAUGUUUAAGAACAGUGCAUUUGAUUGAUCCCUGUCAGUAUUCAGUAUUUCU